AUGAAGAAUGCAGUACAACUAAAUAUGAUUUCUGAAUUUUCAAUAAACUCAAUUCAGAUUUCACAUCUCCAAUAUGCUGAUGACACUUUGAUCUUCUUGAAUGCCUCGGAAGAAGAAGCUGACAACCUAGUGAUCAUUUUACAAAUUUUUGAAGCAAUCACUGGCCUUAAGGUGAAUUUUCAAAAAAGUUCAGUCAUAAGUAUUGGUGCAGACAACAUGGUAGAAGCAAUGGCUGAAAUCUUAAAGUGUAAAGUGGAGACUCUUCCUCUAAAAUACUUAGGAAUGCCAGUGGGAGCUAAGUCUAGAAACUCAGACAUUUGGGAUGCUGUCAUUGAGAAGUUCCAAAAAAAAGUGGAAAAGAAGCUCAACCAAAUAAUGAGGAACUUUCUAUGGGGUGCAACUUCAGAUAAAAGGAAAAUUAUUUGGGUUGCUUGGGAAAGAGCAUGCAUACCUAAAGAAACUGGAGGACUGGGCAUCAGAAAUCUAAGACUCACCAACAAAGCUCUGCUUGCUAAAUGGUCUUGGAGGUUCUCAAAAGAGAAGAAACAACUUUGGAGAAGAAUAAUACAGGAAAAAAUGCACACUGAAUCUGAAGCUAUAUGGGCUAAACAUAAUAGUAAACCAAGGAAGAGGAAUGUGGAAGAAUAUUCAGAAACAAAGAGAACUUCAGCAAAAAAUGCUUUUGUCAGGGAUAUGAUCAAAAAUAAUACAUGGGAUAUAAAGCUUAGGAGAAAUCUUCAUCAACCAGAAAUGUCUCAGAUGCUCCAGAUGUUUGAGGUUCUAGGGGCUCCACCAAUUCUAGAAGAUGAAGAUGAACUGAUAUGCACUGCAUCCGGAGGUUUCAGCACCAAAACUUGUUAUACAUGGCUCAUACAACAACUUCCUGCUACACCAAAUGACGUUCCUUUCUCUUGCAUUUGGAUUCAGUAUGUGCCACCUAAAGUGCAAUUUUUUAUGUGA